GCAUGUGCUUGAUUGCUUGAUGUUGUUGCAUGUGUUGCUGGUUUAGUUUGUUGUUGCAUGUGUUGCAGUUUAGUUGUUGCAGUUAUUAUUCAUACGUCUGAUCAUGGGGGCUGCUUGAGUAACUCAAGUAGCAUCUCAAGUAACUUCCUGGAAAGAGGGUCAUGUGAGGAGGUGUUCUCGAACUUCGUGGUAGCUGCAAGCUAUCCGGCUGCCAGAGUAGAUUUAUCUUUUCCACAACCUCUACUACUAGAUUUCGACGGUGUAAUCGCAAUGGAGGCGUCGUUUAACGGGAAACGAGCCGUGGUGACUGGUGCUAGCCAAGGAAUAGGGAACGUAAUCGCACGAGAACUUGCAAAACGUGGAGCUACAGUAAUAGCUGUUGCUAGAUCUGCUGACAAACUCAAGGAGCUGCAGGAACAGGCGCCAAACAUCGUACCAGUUUGUGUGGACCUGGCUGAUUGGAAUGCAACUGAGGUAGCACUAUCCAGCGUUGGGCCAGUAGAUCUGCUGGUGAACAAUGCAGCUGUUGCCAUUCUGGAGCCUGUGGGAGAAAUCAAGCCAGAGUCCUUUGAUAUCUCCUUUGCCACAAAUGUGAAAGCUGUAAUUAAUGUGUCACAGCUCUGUGCUAAAUCAAUGAAAGAACGGCAUGUAGCUGGUGCAAUUGUCAAUGUCUCGAGCCAGGCAGGCAUUGCGGCCCUGGCAAACCAUGCUGUCUACUGCGCCAGUAAAGCAGCUUUGGAUCAGCUUACCCGAGUCAUGGCUCUUGAACUCGGGCCUCACAAGAUUCGAGUGAACUCGGUGAACCCUACUGUGACGAACACUCCUAUGUCCUUGGUUGGCUGGAGUGACCCUGUCAAGGCUAGCAAUAUGCGGUCCAAGAUCCCCCUAGGACGUUUUGCAGAACCAGAAGAGGUCUGCGAUGCAGUUUUGUAUCUGCUUAGUGAUCACUCCUCAAUGAUUACUGGAACAGUGUUGCCAGUAGAUGGUGGUUACACAGCCUGCUGAUGCCAGCCUGAACUGUUAAUCUCAGACUCUUCUGCUGGAGUACAGGCUGUGAUGAUACUUUGUGCCAAGGAAAACAUUUCUGGUGACUAUGGUACUAUUAUGGAAACUGUGGAACUUGUGGUCAAAAUAAAGCAUUUGAUUA